AUGACUACCGUCACUAUUCCUGGUUCGCUUGUUAAUAAGCGGAAGAAGCACUUCAUGGGUAUGCCAGCACCAGCUGGCUAUGUAGCUGGUGUUGGUAGAGGUGCGACUGGCUUCACCACUCGUUCUGAUAUUGGUCCGGCUAGAGAUAGUACCGAUCUGCCAGAAUUACCCCCAGCCGGUCCAGCUAAAAGGACUAAGGAAGACGAUGAUGAUCGGAAAGAUGAUAAUGAGGAUCUCAAUGAUGCUAAUUAUGACGAAUUUGAAGGGUAUGGCGGAAGCUUAGUUUCAAAGGAUCCAUAUGAAAAAGAUGAUGAGGAAGCUGACGAGAUUUACAAUGCUGUUGACUCACGAAUUGACGAGCGGAGGAAAGAUUACAGGGAGAAAAAAUACCGUCAAGCACUUGAGAAGUACCGAAAAGAGCGUCCAAAAAUCCAACAAGAAUUUUCUGAUUUGAAACGUCAGCUUGCCACAGUUGAUGAGUCGGAAUGGGCUGCUAUACCGGAAGUUGGUGACAUACGGAACAAAGCAAAACGUAACCCACGUACUGAGAGAAUCACUCCAGUACCUGACUCGGUCCUUGCCUCUGCCAUGAGCUAUGGGCAGCUAUCGACCCAAAUGGACAGUAGGGUGCAGUCAGGGUUGGUUACUCCUCUUGGCUCUGGUAUAACUUCCACUUUUGGAGGGAUGACUUCUACCUAUGGUGGAAUGAUGUCGACUUUGGGCUCUGGAUUUAUGACCAGUUUAAGUGGCAUUAAAUCUGGUUUAUUAACGCCUGGAUGGAAAACUGGAGUCCAUAGUGGUGCAGCAUCAAAUGCUGACUUAGAUCUACGUAAGAUUGGCCAAGCUAGGAAUGCUAUUAUGGACAUAAAGCUAAAUCAGGUGUCUGACUCUGUAUCAGGACAAACAGUAGUCGAUCCUAAAGGUUACCUAACUGAUCUGCAGUCUAUGAUCCCGCAGUAUGGGGGUGAUAUAAACGACAUCAAAAAAGCACGGCUGCUUUUGAAAUCUGUUAGAGAAACCAACCCUCGUCAUCCUCCUGCGUGGGUUGCAUCAGCGCGUUUGGAAGAAGUAGUCGGUAAAUUACAGGUAGCUCGGAAUUUAAUUAUGGAAGGCUGUGACCGUAACCCAAAAAGUGAAGACCUUUGGUUAGAAGCAGUGCGUCUUCAUCCUCCGGAAACGUCGAAGUCAAUUGUUGCCGCAGCUGUUCGGUCUUUACCGAACUCUGUGCGUAUUUGGAUGAAGGCUGCAGAAUUGGAGGAAGAUGCCAAAAAUAAAAGGAAGGUGUUUCGCAAGGCGCUUGAACAAAUUCCUACAUCUGUACGUCUUUGGAAAGCUGCUAUCGAGCUAGAGGAGCCGGAUGAUGCGAGAAUUCUCCUAACUCGUGCCGUCGAAUGCUGCAACACUUCAACGGAACUUUGGUUGGCAUUAGCUCGUUUGGAAACAUACGAAAACGCAAGAAAAGUUUUAAAUAAGGCUAGAGAGAAUAUUCCAACAGAUCGUCAAAUUUGGAUCAGUGCAGCGAGACUCGAAGAAACAAGGGGGCAGAGUGAGAUGGUUAACAGAAUCAUCGAAAGAGCAUUAACAUCAUUAAGGGCAAAUAUGGUUGAAAUAAAUAGGGAACAUUGGUUGAAGGAUGCUGUUGAUGCUGAAAAAGCACAGUGCAAACUUACUUCUCAAGCCAUAAUAUCGAAUGUGCUUGGUAUUGGAGUUGAAGAGGAAGACAAAAAACAUACUUGGCUUGAAGAUGCUGAGUCUUUUGUUGCGCAAGAAGCUUUUGAGUGUGCUCGCGCUGUUUUCUCCCAUGCGCUCAAUGUUUAUCCGAAUAAGAAAAGCAUCUGGUUUGCUGCAGCAGAUUUUGAAAGGAACCACGGCACAACUGAAACAUAUGAUGCAUUAUUGUCGCGAGCAGUGGGGAACUGUCCUAAAGCUGAAACACUUUGGCUUAUGUAUGCUAAAAGUAAGUGGUUGGCAGGAGAUGUGAGAGCUUCGCGCGAAAUACUUGCCCGCGCCUUCCAGAACAAUCCUAAUUCGGAAGAGAUAUGGAUGGCUGCAGUGAAACUGGAAUCUGAAAACAGUGAGUACCAAAGGGCUAGGAAAUUACUUGAAAAGGCUCGAGAAAUUGCUCCAUCACAAAGGAUAUACUUGAAGUCUGCUAGGCUGGAAUGGUGUUUAGAAGAUUUAAAAGAGGCAAAACGGUUACUGAAGGAGGCAAUUGAACUUUACCCUGAAACUCCAAAACUUUAUUUGAUGAUGGGGCAGAUUCUUUGGCAAGAAAAAAACAUCCCUGAAGCACGUCGUUAUUUUUCUGAAGGGGUUAAAAAGUGCCCUUCAUUCAUACCUUUGUGGAUCUGGCUUAGUCGUCUGGAAGAGUCAGAAAAAAAUUUGAUUAAAGCUCGUUCUGAUUUGGAAAGGGCACGUUUGAAAAAUCCGAAGAAUCAGGAGCUGUGGUUGGAGUCUGUACGAAUUGAAGCGCGCGCUGGUCUAAAAGAACUGGCUCAAGAACGUUUGGCACGAGCCUUACAGGAGUGCGAGCAUUCAGGUAUACUAUGGGCUGAAGCGGUUUUUAUGGAGGACAGACAUGCGAGAAGAACGCGAUCUGUAGAUGCUCUAAAGAAAUGUGAACAUAAUGCACAUGUUUUGUUAGCUGUAUCUAAACUUUUCUGGACUGAAAGGAAAAUUAAAAAAACUCGAGAAUGGUUUCAAAGGACUGUUAAAAUUGACCCUGACUUUGGUGACGCAUGGGCUUACUUUUAUAAAUUUGAAACUGUUCACGGCACUCAGGAAGAACAAGAUAUUGUCAAAAAGAAAUGCGUGCAAGCUGAGCCACGACAUGGUGAGGCUUGGCAGAAGAUGUCGAAGGAUGUGAAGAACUGGAGAAAAAGGACAGAAGAGAUCCUUGUUAUGCUGGCUAAUCAUUUAGAAAUCCCGAAGUAA